AUGAAUGAACAUGUCUGAAUUUUCCAGCGCUCGGUUCGGUCGUGUUGAGCACCCGUUUGUCUGCGUUGCGUUCCCGCGUACGAUUUGACGUAAUUUUUUUGAAUUUUUGCCGAGGCUAUAGGCUGCUGGUUCGCUGUGGUAUUUCGAUCCGUAGAAAUCGCUGGCAGACCGACCCCAUAUCACGCCGCUUUAUAAAUAAUGCAAGUGCAGUCCGUCGCCCCGAGGGCAGUACGGGAAAUCUAUUUUCGCCAAAUGCAAUAAAUCAAAGGCAAAAACAAAGUUAAAGCAAAAACAAAUACAAAAACAAACGCAAAUUAAUCGCAUAUCAGUAAUUUGUGCUACAAGCAAUCGGAGUGCUAUAUAGAUCAUUUAUAUACGGUUAUGUCAUGGAAAAUCAUUGAGUGGAUUUUGAACAUUUCCUAGGGCAUAUAUUGGGCAUAAGGAUAGUGGGAACAGUUAAAACAAAGCCAAAAGAAACAAAAAUAACAUUGGAAACGCGUGUCAUUUUUUUGCAAACUUUUUUUUUGCGAUAUCAGCGCCGGCAGCAGAGAAACUUGUAAAAAUCCCGCCCGCCCGACAGACCCCCUUUGGUCGUCUCUUCUUUUAUUGCCCUCACGCGUUUUUUGUUUUUGUGCGUGCCGUGCUUGUGUGUUUGUUAGCCGGCAGUUUGUGAGAGUGUAUUAGUGGAGGAAAACAGCUGUUUGUUGCAAACGUUACGCUCUCUCUUCACGUGGCUUUCCCUUGCUGGCUCGCUGUCACUCUGUCUGUCUGUCUGUGCCCCCGCCCCCCCGCGCUUUGAGUGCCAAGCAGUGCAAAAAGAAAAGAGAAAAGCUCUUCCAUCCACACAAUAAAACAAAAAACAGCAUCCACAACAUCCACAUCAAUAUGGCGGCAGCGAUAGCGACGACAGGAGCAUCCUCCAGGAGGAACAUCUGUGUGACGCAGCUCCUGCUCUUCGCCCUCCUCUGUGGCGGCAUUGUGGGCCUCGUCGAUGGCAAGCAUUUGGGGGACCACCAGCACCAGCAUCAGCACAGUGCCGCAACGCACCAUCGGCGACGCCUGCAGCGGGACUCGCGCGCCAAGGAUACAGCGCAGCAGCAGUGUGAGGCCGUCAAGGGGUAUUUCGAGUCGAUCGACAUUCAUUCGAGUGGAGUCUACAAUGAAAAAGGCGCCAUUUGCGGUGGCAACUGCUGCAACAAUGCCACCGAGCUGGAGCUCCGCCAGAAGGCCGCGGGAAUGUUUGAGCAGCUGCUGCAUCAUCACACGAGCAGCCUGCGCGGGAUCCUGGCGGAUAAUGCCAACCAAUUCCAGAGUCACGUCCUGGAGCUGGCCCAGCAGUCGGAGAACAAGACACUGACGGUCUUCUCCAAGGUCUACAUUCGAAUGGUGCCGCUGUCGGGGAUGAUGAUCCGCCAGUUGUAUACGGAAAUCAUGAACCACCUGAACUACAUCUCCAACUACACGAACAGCAACGGCCAGAUGGGCGGCAAGGCCGGCAUUGGCAGCCUACGGAGUGGCCUCGAGGACGCCGUGCACAAGUUCUUCGUGCAGCUGUUUCCCGUGGCCUACCACCAGGCGGUGCACCUCGCCAAGAACAAUUACGGGGAGCUGCACGAGGACUACAUCAACUGCCUGAAGCACAACUUUGACGAGCUGCAGCCCUUCGGGGGCAUACCCAGGGAGAUCCAGAGCAGCCUCGUCCAGAGCGUGCACAUGUCGAACGUGUUUAUGAACGCCCUGCUGCAGAGCGCCGAGGUUCUGGCCGAGGCGGACGCCCUCUACGGCCAGCAGCUGACGGACACGUGCAAGAUGCAUCUCCUCAAGAUGCACUACUGCCCCAACUGCAACGGCCACCAGACGCGGGGCCAGCCGCAGAUCUGCAACGGCUACUGCAUGAAUGUGAUGCGCGGCUGCUCGGCGGAAUAUGCCGGCCUGCUGGACAGUCCCUGGUCGAGUGUCGUGGAGGCGUUGAGCAAUCUGGUCACCACCCACAUUGUGACGGACAGCGGCAUCAUCAACACCAUCAUGAAGCUGAGCACCAAGAUCUCCGAUGCCAUCAUGCAUGCCAUGGGCAAUGGUCCGGAGCUGGAGCAGAAGGUUAAGAAGACAUGCGGCACGCCCAAUCUGUCGCCCUCGCUGACCGACGAGUCGGAGACGCGUCUGCAGCAGCACAAGAACAGCGUCAAGUGGGCCACGCCACCGGAUCCGGACAUGGUGCGCUUCCUCUCCACCAUCGAGAAGACCAAGGAGUUCUACACGAACAUUGUGGACAACUUCUGCGAUGCCGAAUACACCACCGAUGAUCGUCUCUGCUGGACAGGCGAUCGCAUUGGCGACUACACACAGCUGCUGAUCGACACCGGGAUGGACAGGCAGCGCUACAAUCCCGAGGUGCCCUGGAAGACCCAGACGCAGGUCAGCAAGCUGAACGAGCUGGUGGACAAGCUGAUCAAGAUACGCAAGAGCAUUGGAGCAGCGGCACCCUCUUCCAGCGUACAGUCGCACGACAUCCAAAGCGACAUGGGCCGCGAGGGUUCUGGCGGCGGCGGUGGCCAAAUCAGCGACGAUGAUGAGGAGUACGGCGGCGGCAUACACGGCUCCGGCGAUGGUUCUGGCGAUGGUGCCACAUCCAUCGACGAUCGCGCUGGCGAAACGACCAUACCGGACACCGAGCAGCGCGAGAAUAACCAGAGCGGCGGUGCCUCCAAACCGCUGGCAGCCCCUGCGACGUGCCUGCUCCUCACUCUAGUCACAAUACUCUACAGGAGUUGCAGUUAAGCCAUAGCGACGACAAAGGAUUAAGGAUAAAUGAGUUCCCGAACAGCGACAGCCGCAACAGCCGCAACAGCAACCGAUGGAUGGCAGCGAAAUGCACGCGAGAGAAUCGAUUAAAAUCAUUAAUUAAUAACUAUUAUCAUUAUUAUUAUUAUUAUUUGUGUAAUUCUUAAGUUGUUACAAAACGUAAUUUAUUAGCCCCGUAAGCGCCAACACCCCCACCCCCCAACCCCCUUCCCAAGAAAAAGGGGAAUUUCGGAGCAGCGCCCCUUCUAGCUUUUCCAUUUCCACGAAACGAAUUUCCCCAUGCAGUAGCAUGCAUCUCUCCAACAAGACUUAUGUGCCAUAAAAAAGGGUGUUGGAAAUGUGUGUGUCUGCUUAAAACGAAAGAAAGAAAAUAACUCAAAAGCAAGAAAGGAAAAGCCCAAAUUAAAAGUUAAACAAAACAGGCUCAAACUCAGACUCAAACUCAAACCAGGCCACAAGCCCCAAGCAGGAUAGGCACGGAGUGUGUGUGCAGUUUGUUCAGAUAAAUGUUAAUACUACUACAUACACACACAUAUAUACUAUACUAUUUGUAGCGUACAGUAGUACAGUAAAGCUCAAUGUUCAAAGUACAUGUUGUUCCUUCUUGAAAUUGAAAUUGAAAUUGAGAAAAAAGCACACAGAAAACAGAAAACAGAAAAGGGAGAAAACCGAAAGAUCACAAAAAAUAUUAUAGUACAUACGGAAUAAAUACAUACGUAAAGUAAAACAAAUAUAAAAUCUGUUAAACUAAUACGAAAUUAUUAUUGUUGUCGUCUACACACACACACACACACACACACACAUUUUGAACUGAACAAAAAAAAACAUUUGAGAAAAUUAAUGCAUACAAAUGGAAUUUAGUUGAGUAAAAAAGAAAGCACUUUACGGGAAAAACUAGAAGACUUACAGCUUUAUACGCAAGAAAAAGAAAAAACAAAAAGCAAAAAACAAAAAAGAAUACAAAAAAAAAGGAAGAUGAUGAUGAGAAUCGAUUGAUAUAUACGUAUAUUAUAUGUAGGCAUUAUUUAAAAUUAGAGAAGAAAAUGUCAUUGGAAAUGCAUUCAGCUAAUUAGAGUUUACGAAAGUUAUGUCUAUGGAAUCAAUCGUUCUGUAACUUUAAGUUUUGAGAGUUGGGUUUUGAGAGGCAGGGAGAGGAGAACAGCGCACAAAACAAAUCACAAUUUGAGAUGAAAAACGCAAAUCGCAUUCGCAUUCGAAAAACGAAACACGAACACACACGAAAAACGGAAAACGGAAGAAAAAAAAACUAUUGUUGCAAUCUAAUGGAUACUUUAGACAGUGUUUGCAAAGCGCUGGGCGACACUCUAAAAAAUAUAAUAUAUAUAAAUAAAAAUAAUAAUAAUACAUCUACGAGAAUAUAUUAUAUAGUAUACAAAAUGAAUAUGAAAUAUGCAUACAUACACACAUACAUACGAGUACGAUUACAAUAAGAACAUAACAUAUACAUACACACACACAUACACGAAUUAACUAAUUAAAUCGUAAUCUAAUGCUAGUGCGUCGUAAACUGUAACGAUUUAGCCAGUAAUGUGUAAAAAGCAAAACAGAGUUGGGCAGAAGAGAAACAACAACAACAACAACAGAAACAACAACCGAAACAACAACCGAAACAACAUUUAGUUAGUAGCAAAUUAACAAAAGCAAAAGGCAACAAACCAUGAAAAUCUAGGCCCAAAAACCCCCAAAAACCCAAAAACCAUAAAAACAAAUUGGUCUAAAAAGGCACUACAAUCCGAUUGUGGGUUGUGUGGCGUUGCGUUGUGCCUGUGCAUUGCAACUAUUGUAUAAUUAUUAUUUGUAUCAUUAUUAUUUAACUAUUGCAUGUGAUUAAUAAUAUUUAAGUUAAACGUAAACGCAACAUAUUAAAUUGUAACAUAUGUAUACCGCAAGCAACAGCAAACAACAGCAAACAGCAGCAACAUCGUCGUCGUCGUUGUUGUUGUAAAUCUAUUCGAAAUGAUAACCAAUGCAAAAGCAAAACAAACGAAAAUUGCACAAAAAAAUAUAAUUAAAUGUACUACUUUUUAGAUGCAUUCAAACAAAUAAUAAAUAAUUAUGUAACAAAAAAAAAACAA